UUAAACUCCUCAGUCCCAUAGCUCUAUUGAGCACUAUGAAUCCCAUUUGCCGAAUUGAUAUUAACUUGCCCGAGUGCCAGAAAUGGAUGGAUGAUGUGUACAACAAAUGUCGAGAGAUCUUCAGCAGGGAAGUGGCUUCAUCAGCCUGGUGGCAGGACGAAACACCGGCCAUAUACAAAGAGAACAUACAAGCCAUGACCGCCAUUGAUUGUCACAAGUUGAAGCGUGAUCUGGCCAGAGAAGUGGCUGCCACAGGUCCAGGAUCCUCGGCCCCGACAGGCCCCCGCUCCUUUCUUUGGUGGCACAAGGUGAUGCUUGUCGUGGCGUAUCUUCUGGUCUUUGCUGCACUUGUCUUCCUGUAUCGAUGUGUCAAUGCCAGGUGUAGUAGACGUGAACAUGUGCGGGAACAUGGACAUGGACAUGGACAUGGACAAGGACAUGUGAAGAUCAAAGAGGGGGCAGUAGCUAUAGAGCCGGACGAGGCCCUUCGUCCCAUAUCUAGGCUAGAGCCAAAGGAGAAGAAGGAAAAAUCGAAGAAGCAUUGGUUGCGUCGCAAGUGUCGUCACGUGUUUGUUCACAGCGAAGCGGAGUUGCGUCGCCAGCAGGCCAAGCGGGAAAGGGAAGAACGAGUUCAUGAGGAGCACGUCAAACAUAAGAUCGAGAAGUGGACCCAUGCUCGGGAACUGGAGGAGCAGAAGCGACGGGACAAGAAGGAAAGAAGUAAAUCGCCGAGCGAAUGAAGGACAAGGCACACGUAUAUCACUUUAAUCUGCUCCAAAAAUACAGUCGUUCUAU